AUGGUUGCUCGAACAGCUCGUGAAAUUCUUCGUUGGCUCGAAAGUCUUUACCUUACAUAUCCUAUAGUUGUACCAAAAUGGGAUUUAUCAAAUGGUUAUGCAUAUGCAGAAAUUUUACAUGCUUAUUUUCCUAAUGAAAUAAAUAUGUUUGCUUUUAUAAAUGGUCGUUCAUUGAAUUCUCGUUUAUUAAAUUGGGCACUUAUUAAGCAAUUUAUAGCAAAAAAAAAUCUUCCAAUUUCAAUUGAAUUUAUUAAUGCAACAAUACAUGGUAAAGAAGGCGGAGCUGAACGAUUACUUGAACAAACAUUUGAAUUAUUAACAAAUAAAAAACCAUUUAUAGAUCCUUCAUGUGAACGUCCUAAUGAUUUUACUGAUAAUUUCUAUCAGCAAAAUUUAAAUUAUUUUGAACGAUCACAUACAUCAAAAUCAUUAAAAAAUAAUUUAAAAGCUACUGAAUUACUUACUGAUCCAUCACAUGCUUAUCGAAAACAACGAAGCGCAGAUAUUCUUAAUCAAACAAAACUUGAUCGAGAAAAAACUCGUAUUGAUAAUCCAGAAAGAUUUGAUAUUAAACCAACAUUGGCUGAACGAUGUUUACGAAAACCUCUUCAACCUGAUUCAAAUGCUCAAGAUUGGUAUAUAAAAUCAUUUGAUUCUCGUGCACGUUCAGCAAUUUCAACAGCUAAUAAAAGUAGUAGUAUUAAACAACAAUCACGAGAACCUUCAGCUGAUGUAUUAAAGAAAAGUUCGCUGUCACAACGUCAGAGCGAUAAAGGAAUAAUUCAAGCAAAUGAAGACAAUGUAUUCUAUAAAGAAAUUGCUUUAAAACAACAUUCGGUACCAUUAAGUGAUCUUUUGCAGAUAAAUGAAUCUUAA